GUUAUAUAAUACAAUAAAUGCAUUGUAACCAUUACCUAUAGGAUACAUAUUGUAGCAAUCUUGUAUAAUAUAGAUUUCUACCAAUAAUUCUAACACUCUCUCUUUUUUUUACAGGGGGGGCACCAUACAUCUUCUUUCUCUGCUGUUCUGAAGGGAAUUUACAGCAACCAUGGGUGACGGGGAAAUGUCCAUUUUUGGAGAGGCUGCUCAAUUUCUCCGCAAAUCUGAUAAAGAGAGAUUGGAGGCCCAGAACAAACCUUUUGAUGCCAAGAACACCUGUUACGUGGAUGACCAAAAGGAGCUUUAUGUGAAAGGUUUAGUCACUGCUCGGGAAGAUAGCAAAGUCACUGUCAAAACUGAUGAUGGCAGGACCGUAACUGUUAAAGAAAGUCAAGUUUACCCUCAAAAUCCCCCCAAGUAUGAUAAAAUUGAAGACAUGGCCAUGAUGACCCAUCUGAAUGAAGCCUCUGUGCUGUACAAUCUCAAAGAACGUUAUGCAGCAUGGAUGAUUUACACAUACUCUGGUCUUUUCUGUGUCACUGUCAAUCCAUACAAAUGGCUGCCAGUGUACAACCCAGAAGUUGUUGCCGGCUACAGAGGGAAGAAGCGUAUGGAAGCCCCACCACAUAUCUUCGCCCUCUCUGAUAAUGCCUAUCAGGCCAUGUUAACAGAUCGUGAAAAUCAGUCUGUCCUGAUUACUGGAGAAUCUGGUGCCGGUAAGACUGUGAACACCAAGCGUGUCAUCCAGUACUUUGCAACAAUUGCAGCUCUUGGAGACGCUGGAAAGAAAAAGGAGCUCACCAACAGUUUGCAGGGAAGUCUGGAAGAUCAAAUCAUCCAGGCCAACCCUCUGCUGGAAGCCUUUGGUAAUGCCAAGACAGUGAGAAAUGACAACUCAUCUCGUUUCGGUAAAUUCAUUAGAAUUCACUUUGGAACCACUGGAAAACUGUCUUCAGCUGAUAUUGAGACAUAUCUGCUGGAGAAGUCCAGAGUUACUUUCCAACUGUCAGCUGAAAGAAGCUACCACAUCUUCUACCAGCUCAUGACAAAUGCAAAACCAGAGAUUGUUGAGAUGCUUCUGAUUACCACAAACCCAUAUGACUAUCCUUCCAUCAGUCAGGGUGAGAUUGUUGUGAAGAGUAUUGAUGAUGUGGAAGAAUUUAUGGCCACAGAUAGUGCCAUUGAUGUCCUUGGUUUCAACUCAGAUGAAAAGGUUGGAAUCUACAAAAUGACCGGUGCAGUCAUGCAUCAUGGAAACUUGAAAUUCAAGAAUAAGCAAAGAGAGGAACAGGCCGAGCCUGAGGGCACUGAAGUUGCUGACAAAAUUGCCUAUUUGAUGGGCCUGAACUCAGCUGAUAUGCUAAAAGCUUUGUGCUACCCAAGAGUAAAAGUCGGCAAUGAAUAUGUUACUAAGGGUCAGACUGUGCCACAGGUCUACAACGCUGUGGGUGCUCUCUGCAAGUCCGUUUUUGAGAAACUGUUCUUGUGGAUGGUGACACGUAUCAACCAACAGCUUGAUACUAAGCAGCCCAGACAGUUCUUCAUUGGUGUGCUGGAUAUUGCUGGAUUUGAAAUUUUUGAUUUCAACAGCUUGGAGCAGCUCUGCAUCAACUUCACCAAUGAAAAACUGCAACAGUUCUUCAACCACCACAUGUUCGUCCUGGAACAGGAGGAGUACAAGAAAGAAGGAAUUGACUGGGAAUUCAUUGACUUUGGUAUGGAUCUGGCUGCCUGCAUUGAGCUUAUUGAGAAGCCUAUGGGCAUUUUCUCAAUCCUUGAAGAAGAGUGCAUGUUCCCCAAGGCUACUGACACUUCCUUCAAGAACAAACUGUAUGAGCAGCAUCUGGGCAAGUGCAAGAACUUUGAGAAGCCCAAGCCUGUCAAAGGAAGGCCUGAAGCUCACUUCUCUCUGGUUCAUUAUGCUGGUACUGUGGAUUAUAACAUUAGCGGCUGGCUGGAAAAGAAUAAGGAUCCACUGAACGAUUCAGUUGUACAGCUCUACCAGAAGUCUUCAGUGAAACUGUUGGCCUUCCUCUACGCCGCACAUAAUGCUCCAGAAGCUGAUAGUGGUGGAAAGGGUGGAAAGAAGAAGAAGGGUGGUGCUUUCCAGACAGUGUCUGCUUUGUUCAGGGAAAAUUUGAACAAGCUGAUGACCACCUUGAGAAGCACUCAUCCUCAUUUUGUACGCUGUCUGAUUCCAAAUGAGUCUAAGACUCCUGGUAUUAUGGAAAACCAUCUGAUUAUCCAUCAGCUGAGAUGCAACGGUGUGUUGGAAGGUAUCAGAAUCUGCAGAAAAGGAUUCCCAAGCAGAAUCCUCUAUGCUGACUUUAAACAACGGUACAAGGUACUGAAUGCAAGUGCAAUCCCAACUGGAGAGUUCAUUGACAGCAAGAAAGCGUCUGAGAAACUUUUGGGAUCUAUUGAUGUUGAUCACUCUCAGUACAAAUUUGGACACACCAAGGUGUUCUUCAAGGCUGGUCUCCUGGGUACCUUGGAAGAAAUGAGAGAUGAAAAAUUGGCACAGCUCAUCACUUGCACUCAAGCUCUUUGCAGAGGAUACCUGAUGAGAAUUGAAUUUAAAAAGAUGAUGGAAAGAAGAGAGGCAAUCUUCAUCAUCCAGUACAAUGUCAGAUCUUUCACAAAUGUCAAAAACUGGCCAUGGAUGAAGCUGUACUUCAAAAUUAAACCUCUUUUGAAGAGUGCUGAGACUGAAAAGGAAAUGGCAAACAUGAAAGAGGAGUUUGAAAAAACCAAGGAGGCUCUGGUCAAGGCAGAAGCAAAAAAGAAGGAACUAGAAGAAAAAAUGAUUGCCCUUCUGCAGGAGAAGAAUGAAUUACUCCUACAAUCCCAGUCUGAAGGUGAAAGCCUGGCUGAUGCUGAAGAAAGAUGUGAAGGGCUCAUUAAAGCCAAAAUCCAACUGGAGUCUAAGAUCAAGGAAAUUACAGAGAGACUUGAGGAUGAGGAGGAAAGCAAUGCUGAGCUAACAGCCAAGAAGAGGAAGUUGGAGGACGAAUGCUCAGAGCUGAAGAAAGACAUUGAUGACCUGGAGCUUACCUUGGCUAAAGUUGAAAAGGAAAAGCAUGCCACAGAAAACAAGGUUAAAAAUCUUACUGAAGAGCUGGCAGCACUUGAUGAGAACAUCUCAAAGGUUUCCAAGGAAAAGAAAGCACUCCAAGAGGCUCACCAACAAACACUUGAUGAUCUUCAGGCUGAAGAGGACAAAGUCAGCUCUUUGACAAAGGCUAAAACUAAGCUGGAACAACAAGUAGAUGAUUUGGAAGGAUCCCUGGAACAAGAGAAGAAACUUCGUCUUGACCUUGAAAGAGCCAAGAGAAAACUUGAAGGUGAUCUUAAGCUGUCUCAGGAAACAGUCAUGGAUCUUGAAAAUGACAAGCAGCAAACAGAUGAAAAACUCAAGAAGAAGGACUUUGAAAUCAGCCAGCUGCAAAGCAAAAUUGAGGAUGAACAAACACUUGGUUCUCAGCUGCAGAAAAAGAUCAAGGAACUGCAGGCUCGUAUUGAAGAACUUGAGGAGGAGAUAGAAGCUGAACGUGCAGCUCGUGCCAAGGUUGAGAAACAGAGGGCUGAUCUCUCCAGGGAACUCGAGGAAAUCAGUGAGAGGCUAGAAGAGGCGGGAGGAGCAACAUCUGCCCAGAUUGAGGUGAACAAGAAACGUGAAGCUGAGUUCCAGAAAUUAAGACGUGACCUGGAAGAGGCCACUCUUCAGAAUGAAGCCAUAUCUGCAUCUUUGCGCAAGAAACAUGCUGACAGUGUUGCUGAGCUUGGGGAACAAAUUGAUAACCUGCAACGUGUUAAGCAGAAGCUUGAGAAAGAAAAGAGCGAGUUUAAGAUGGAAAUUGAUGACCUCGCUAGCAACUUGGAGAAUGUCUCCAAAUCAAAGGCCAACCUUGAAAAACUUAACAGAGUAAUUGAGGACCAACUCAGUGAAGUGAAGGCAAAGGAUGAUGAGCAUCAACGUCUUCUCAAUGACAUCAGUACUCAACGGGCAAGACUCCAGACUGAGAAUGGUGAGCUUUCACGUCAACUUGAAGAAAAGGAGUCUCUGGUUUCACAGCUGUCAAGAGGAAAGCAGGGAUUCACUCAGCAAGUUGAAGAACUGAAGAGGCAACUGGAGGAGGAAACAAAGGCUAAGAAUGCCCUUGCUCAUGCACUGCAAUCAUCUCGCCAUGACAAUGACCUGCUUCGUGAGCAAUAUGAAGAAGAACAAGAAGCAAAGGCCGAGCUUCAGCGCACUUUGUCUAAAGCAAAUGGCGAAGUUGCCCAAUGGAGAACCAAAUAUGAAACUGAUGCCAUUCAGAGGACUGAGGAGCUGGAAGAGGCCAAGAAGAAGCUUGCUCAGCGUUUACAAGAUGCUGAGGAGCAAGUAGAGGCUGUGAACUCUAAGUGUGCAUCCUUGGAAAAGACCAAACAGAGGCUGCAGUCUGAAGUGGAGGACCUGAUGGUGGAUGUCGAAAGAGCAAAUAGUGCAGCAGCUGCUCUUGACAAAAAGCAAAGGAACUUUGAUAAGGUUCUGGUUGAAUGGAAACAGAAAUAUGAAGAGGGACAGGCCGAACUAGAGGCAGCUCUGAAAGAAGCCCGUUCACUGAGCACAGAGAUCUUCAAGAUGAAGAAUGCUUAUGAGGAGUCUUUGGAACAAGUUGAAACCUUGAAACGGGAAAACAAGAACUUGCAACAGGAGAUCUCAGAUCUGACUGAACAAAUUGGUGAAACUGGCAAAUCAAUAAAUGAGUUGGAGAAAGCAAAGAAACAAGUUGAACAGGAAAAGGGGGAUCUGCAGGCUGCCUUGGAGGAAGCAGAAGGAUCUUUGGAACACGAGGAAGCUAAGAUUCUGCGUGUCCAGCUUGAGUUGAAUCAAGUGAAAUCUGAAGUUGACAGGAAAAUUGCAGAGAAGGAUGAAGAACUUGAACAACUGAAGAGGAACAGCCAGAGAGCUAUUGACACCAUGCAGAGCACCUUAGACUCAGAAAUCAGAAGCAGAAAUGAUGCUCUGAGACUGAAGAAGAAGAUGGAAGGAGACUUGAAUGAACUCGAGAUUCAGCUUAGCCAUGCCAACCGUCAAGCUGCUGAGGCUCAGAAACAACUCAGAAAUGUUCAGGCACAGCUGAAGGAUGCUCAGCUGCACCUGGAUGAUGCAGUGAGAGGACAGGAGGAUCUGAAGGAACAGGUUGCUGUGAUUGAGCGCAGAAAUACCUUGCAACAGGCUGAAAUUGAGGAGAUUAGGGCUGCUCUGGAACAAACAGAGAGAUCUCGUAAAAUUGCUGAACAAGAGCUUCUGGAUGCUAGUGAACGUGUUCAGCUCCUGCACUCACAGAACACAAGCCUUAUCAAUAGCAAGAAGAAGCUGGAGAGUGAUGCUACUCAGCUCCAAUCUGAAGUUGAAGAUGUAGUCCAGGAAGCCAGAAAUGCUGAAGAAAAAGCUAAGAAAGCCAUCACUGAUGCUGCCCUCAUGGCAGAAGAACUGAAGAAGGAACAAGACACUAGUGCCCACUUGGAGAGAAUGAAGAAGAACCUUGAACAGAGUGUGAAGGAUCUGCAGCAUCGUCUGGAUGAAGCUGAACAAUUGGCACUGAAGGGUGGCAAGAAGCAGCUUCAAAAACUCGAGUCUAGAGUGCGUGAACUAGAAAAUGAAUUGGAAAAUGAACAGAAACGUGGUGUAGAAGCUGUGAAGGGCGUGCGCAAAUAUGAGAGAAGAGUGAAGGAACUGACCUAUCAGACUGAGGAGGACAGGAAGAAUGUGCUUAGACUGCAGGAUCUGGUUGACAAAUUGCAGCUGAAAGUUAAAGCCUACAAGAGACAAUCUGAGGAAGCUGAGGAACAAGCCAAUUCCCAUCUGAGCCGUUUCAGGAAGGUACAGCAUGAACUUGAAGAAGCUGAAGAGAGAGCUGAUAUUGCGGAGUCUCAAGUGAAUAAGCUCAGGGCUAAAAGCCGUGACGUCGGUGGCAAGAAAGCUGAAAGUGAAGAGUAAAGAAUCUUUACUGAUGGAAGAUUGUGAAAUUAGCAUAAUGUGAAUUUCUCACUUCUUGAAACCCCCUACCCUAUUUUCUACCUCUGUCUGAAUAAAUUAUUUCAAACUUGUAAAAA